AUGUCUUUCUAUAAAGCUCCGGUAAAAGUCGUAAAGGAGAUCAUUCGUAUACAAAGCAGGUUUCUGUGGAGUGGAAAAGAAGAUAAGAAAUGUAUUAACUGGGUGAGCUGGGAUAAUAUAUGCAGGCCGAAGGAGGAGGGGGGGCUGGGUAACGUAAAUUGUAGUCUUGGCAAAGGAGAUUCUAUACUGUUUUGGUUCAAUAGGUGGAUAGGAGGCUCCUCUUUAAAAGAUAUCUUUCCUUCGAUUUUUGGUGCUUCAAGGCUGCCUUUUGGUAAGGUUGAAGACAUGGGAAGCUGGUCGGAUCAGACUUGGGAAUGGGAUUUCCACUCUACUUCUGAGGAUCUUCUAGACAGUCCAACGGCGAUGGAGGAAGCUUUCGAUUUGAUAGAACUUUUAACAGACCACACACCAUCGAUUGAUUCUGCGGAUGCCUUUGUUUGGUGGCCAAAUCAUAAUGGUGUUUUUUCUGUAAAAAGCUGCUACAAUUCUCUUCGAAACCGAGACGAGGAAGAUAUUAUGGACGUGCAAUCUAUUUCGGUGCUGAAAGUUAUGUGGCAGUCCAACAUUCCUUCAAAAAUCAAAAUUUUUGGAUGGCGCACAAUGCUUAACAGGCUUGCCACGAAAGAUCAAUUGGCAAAGAGAAACAUUAUUCGUAAUGAAGCCGACAAGGUAUGCAUAGUGUGUAACUCUGCUGAUGAAAAUCGAGAUCAUCUGUUGUUUUUCUGCAUUAUGUCAAGGAAUGUGUGGAGGAAUGUAACAUUGUGGUUAGGAAUGAAUGACUUGGAUGGCUUGGUGGGUGGAGAUCAUUUUGAAAAAUUCUGCAAAUUUCAGCAUAGAAGCUUAAAAAAGAAGAAGCAGAAGCAGAUUCUAGCAAUGUUUUGGAUGGCUUCUGUAUGGUCUAUGUGGAUAGCCAGGAAUAAUGCUAUUUUUAGAGGAAUUCCUUGUGUUUUAGAUGAUAUUCUAUACUACAUUAAGUUUGCUUCUUGGUCUUGGCUGUCUAUGGGGAAAGUGAAGAGCAAUUGUCCACUUUGGUACAAUUGGAUUCAUGCUCCCUUUGAUUGUUUUUCGACUGCAAGUGUGUAA